ACUGAUGUCCCCCUUUGGCUGCACCUAUAUAGAUGAUUCCUUCCAUCACAUCUGUCAUCUCUGCUUGAAAACCCAUAAAUGGACUUAUUAUUCUAAGUGAAAAGGAGAAUCUUCAAAGACAUAUAAACACAGGGAGGGAAAAAAAAGGUUCAAUCUGUACGUUAACCCCUGGGAGGGGUUUGAGGUUCAUUGCUAAAACCCCCAAACCUGAACAAGAAAGGCAUGGGUGUAUCUGAUAAUGGAGCAAAAUUCUGCGUGGAGAGGAUCAUCCUGGAUGAACCUAAACUAGAAGAGGUAGCCCAAAGGCAGACUGAAAUCCAACAGUUCUCUAUAAAGGAGAAGAUCAGUGACUCUGUAAGAUGCUCUGUGGGACAGUGGAAGGUUUGGAUUUUAACGUGGAUACCGCUUCUCUCCUGGAUCCCCAAGUAUUCCGUUCGGGAGAAUGGACUUGGUGACCUGGUUUCAGGUAUCAGCGUGGGAAUCAUGCAUCUGCCUCAGGGUAUGGCAUAUGGUCUCUUGGCUUCUGUCCCACCUGUGUUUGGUCUUUACACCUCCUUCUAUCCCGUACUGGUGUACUUCAUCUUUGGUACUUCAAGACAUGUCUCCAUAGGAACCUUUGCAGUGAUUAGCAUAAUGAUCGGGAGCGUCUCGGAGCGAUUGGCUCCUGACGAUCACUUUCUGACCAAUGGGACAAACGGAUCAUUCGUCGUGGAUACGGAGGCGCGAGAUGUUGAGCGGGUGAAAGUGGCUGCCGCAACGACGUUACUGUGUGGCAUAUUUCAGGUUUUGUUGGGUCUUGUUCGGUUCGGGUUUGUCGUGACGUAUUUCUCGGAGCCGUUAGUGCGCGGCUACACGACAGGUGCGGCCACUCACGUGAUCACCUCUCAACUCAAAUACAUGUUUGGAGUUUCACCCAAACGAUUCAGUGGACCCCUGCAGCUGCUUUAUACUCUGGUGGAGCUGGGCGGGUUAUUACCGCAGACUCACAUCCCCACUCUGGUGAUCACUCUGGUGUCUCUCACAGCUCUGAUCAUUGUGAAAGAGAUCAACUCCUGCUACAGUCACAAAUUACCGCUCCCUAUUCCCAUAGAGCUCUUGGUGAUUAUUGCAGGGACACUUGUUUCUCAUUUUAUUGAUCUGAGAGCUGUUAAUGAUGUUGAUGUGGUGGGAAAAAUUCCCAGUGGGCUGGUGCCGCCCAGAGUCCCAGAGGUGGGUUUCUUCUCCUCAGUGAUAGGAGAUGCAUUUGCUGUGGCUGUGGUGGGAUACGCCAUCAGCAUUUCUCUUGGCAAGACCUUUGCUCUCAGACAUGGAUAUAAAGUAGACAGCAAUCAGGAGUUGGUGGCAUUGGGGCUCAGUAAUGCAAUCGGUGGCUUCUUCCAGUGCUACUCCGUCACUUCCUCCUUGUCUCGCAGUCUUGUGCAGGAGAGCACGGGGGGGAAAACACAGAUGGCUGGCAUGGUAUCUGCUGUUAUUGUGCUCAUUACAGUUUUGAAGCUUGGUCCACUUUUUGAGGAGCUGCCCACAGCUGUGCUGUCCACCAUUGUGUUUGUGAAUCUGAAGGGAAUGUUCAUGCAGUUUCAGGAUAUUCCUGCUCUGUGGAAGAGCAACAGAGUAGAUCUGCUGGUGUGGGUAGUGACAUUUCUCUGUACUGUUCUGCUGAAUCUGGAUCUGGGUUUGGCAGUUUCCAUCGUCUUCACACUGCUCACUGUGAUCUUCAGGACCCAGCGUCCCAGGUACUCUUUACUUGGCAGAGUGUCUGACACAGAGCUGUACUUAGAAACAGAGUCAUAUAAAGAGGCUAAAGCAAUCCCAGGUGUUAUUAUCUUCCGUUCCUCUGCGAUGAUCUACUAUGCAAAUGCUGAACUCUAUCGAGAGGCUCUGUUAAACAAGAGUGGAAUUAAUGUUCAGAAGUUGCUCAAGCAGAAAAAGAGGAAAGAAGAGGAGGAGAACGCAAAAAAGAAACAUAUGAGGGAGCAAGAUAUACAGGCUGGAGUUCUAAGAGAGUUGGCGAACAGAAUGAUGGUCUCAAUCCACCAUCAUGGAAUGGACAAGGAAUGCAUCAUCUCUGACAGCGGCAUAGCGACAAUAACCCAAGGUAACAUGAACUGCAGUUUCCAGCCAGAGCAGGACUCUGAGGAGAAGAAAUGGUACAGACAGACAGACGCACACUCCUCCAGCUGUAAUCGUGUACGGGAACGCACACACUCCAUCAUCCUGGACUUAAGUCCUGUCAGCUUCAUCGACACAGUCACCCUGAAAACACUGAAAAACAUUUUUCAAGAUUUUGCAAAGGUUGAUAUCACUGUUUACAUCGCUGGAUGUCAAGGAUGUGUCGUGCAGCAGUUGGAGCAAGGCAGUUUCUUCUCGGAGUCAAUCUUAAAAAGUCAACUUUUUCCAUCUAUCCAUGAUGCUGUGCUGCACUGCCUGUGUCGGGCAGACAGAGAUCUGUCCAGCCCUCAGUUUACACUGGAAAUGCCCUGCACUACUAGGUUGUGACCAGGAGGUGUCAGUCUGUCCUCUAUCUUGACAGACGUGCCUAAUAGAGGAGCCUUUGUUUCCAUGAGGAAUGGCAUCAGGAUGAUAAACGCCUAAAAACCAAUUAAACAAAAAAUACCAUCAAAUCACAGUAAUAACUCAGACGUUUAUAUCAUCAAACAUAGGUUUUAAUUUGAUGGACGAUGACAGGGUGAUUUACACAAUCUUAGUGUGCCAUCUCAUGGACAUAUGUGGUUUUUACGGCUUUAUAACAAGGAAAAUAUUACUCCACUUUCAGAACAAUUUACAAAAAAUGUACUCACCCUGUUAUCAUCCAAGAUGUUCAUUUCUUUCUGUCUUCAGUCGUGAAGAAAUUACAGUUUUUGAGGAAAACAUUUCAGUAUUUUUCUCCAUAUAAUGGACUUUAUUGGUGUCCCGAUUUUGAACUUCCAAAAUGCAGUUUAAAUGCAGCUUCAAAGGGCUCUAAAUGAUCCCAGCCGAGAAAGAAGGGUCUUAUCUAGCGAAACGAUCAGUCAUUGUUUUAGAAAAAUAAAAGUUUGUUUACUUUUUAAGCACAAAAGCUUGUGUGGCACAGGCUCUGGGAUGCACGUCCACAACACUACGUACUACUGAAUCACGUCGAAAGGUCAUGCGGAACUAAAGACCCAAUGUUUACAAAGCGAACGCACAAAGACUAAGAAAGUGUAAGUCAAAUGCUGUUUACAAACAAAAAGGUACAACGAUGUCGGACGAUUCUGAAGUUGUAGGAGAAAAUGAGAUGGAUUUUUUCGACAUACUCUACCUUUUUGAGCCGGAGUACACAGACGACGAACUUAGACAUGAUUCGUAGUGUCGUGGAUGCACCCAUCUCAGUCUACUGUAAAUAAUAAAUGUAAAGAUAAAUACAAGCUGUACAAAUAGGCUGUCCUAUGAUAUUUUAUAAAUAAGUCUGGGAAAUUUAGGAAAAUGUAAAACUAAACUAUCAUUAAACGUAUGACUUUAUGAUUCUUUGUGAUAUUUUUUUGUUCUUCACAAAGAUUGAAAUUAUUGAAAUAAAAUCUAAUUUGUGUUUCAUUUCAUGUAUAUUAACCCUUAUGAAAAAUAAGUUUAUUCAAAUGUGCUAUUAGUAUAGUUCUUUAAAACUAAAAAAUAGGAAAUUAUACUUUGUCUACUUUUUAUGUACUUCUCAGAAAUAUACUUAAAAUGACAUUUACGUAUACCUGACUUAUACUUAGAAAAAGUCUAAAUAUAUUUGAGCUAUACUUGUGCUGCUAGAAUCUGUGUUUUCAUUGAUAUACAGUAGGGGGCACUUAGUACACAUCUUCUGUACAGAAUUUCCAAAAAAAACAAAAAAAAGAAGAAACUGAAAUGACAGAUGCUUACACAUGUAAUUAACAAUCAUCAGAAAUAAAAGCAUCAAAACUGUGCAACGUUGUGGAAUAAAAUGAAGAGGUAAUAAUGACUGUCAAGCUUUGGGGUUUUGAUGGACUCCAUCUACAUUUUGAUUAUCACUUUGAAUCCACUUCACAGUCUUUUGCAGUUUUUUGUUUAAAAUGUUGUUUAUUUCUUUAUUUUUUUAUUUAUUAAAGUGUUUAAAAAAGAAUGCAUGAACUAGA